AUGCCAGAUAGUUAUAUGACACCUCCAGGACAGAUGUUUCACCAGACCCCUGGCACUUCCUGGUGCUUACCGGUACCUUCACCUGCCGAUCUGCCCAGCCGCAUGGCCCUGAAUCCCCUGAGUGGCAACAUGGAUUUCAGCAGACGUCCAAAGGCUGCACCUUUGGGAGGUCAGCCAACCUCUUCUGCUCAUGUUUCGGUCUGGCCCACCAGGGGGUUUAUCUUCUCCCCCCUUUCUGAACAACAGCUGCAGAAAGAGGCUGCUGAAGCCCUGAUGGUGCUGAGAAAUGCUCCCCAGCCAGGUCCCAUUUUGGCCACUUCCAGUCUUCUGCCCCCUCCCAGCUCUGCACCUGCUCUGUUGGCCUCAUCAGCUUUCACACGCCCCUCAGCAACGUUUCACAAUCCUGGGGUGGCCAGUCCCUUCCAGCAGCAUCCCUCAUACUUCAUGCCUCCAUGUGACAUUCAGCCUGUAAAGGCUUCCAAGGACAUAGCUUUGAAAGGAACCCAGCCGUCCCCAGAGUCAGUUAGUGCUCAUGGAGAACAGGCCCCAGGGCCUCUUUUCCUUCCUUUACUCCAUGGAAGUGCUCUUCCCCAGCAGUACAAAAAUGUCCAUCUAUUCUCAGUUGCUCCAUCCCGGGCACCCCAAGUGGCUACUUCUGUAAUGGUUUCCAGCAUCCAAGCUGUCAAACCCAGCCUCAGAGGGACUUCCAGUGUCAGCCACCACCAUUUUGCCCCAAAUUUGGCAGCCUACCACACAGCCUCAGGCUCCAUGCCACAUACCAUCUGCAUGCCACAAACCGUAGACAGUGGUUGGAUUUCAGAGACAAAUGUUGAAGUCCUUGCUCCAUCUGGCUCCACUCACAGUGGCCCUCAAAUUCUGCCCUUCUGUGUCCCACCAAUGGAUGUCUCUGUCACUUCAGUGCCCCUACAAACUGGCAUCCCAUGCACUCCAUUUGGGAUGGAACUGCACAUGCUUCCCAGGCUGUCACUGUUGAAUCCUACCCCCUACAUUAUAGCUCAGGAAGGUUUCCCAGAGCCAGUUUCCCCCCCAGGGCAGAAAUCAAAACAAUGCCAUCAGCAGCAGAGCCAAGAAGGAAAGCAUUCAAAUACGGGACAGGAAGGAGAAGAACAUGGCAGAAGCCACAAUGUGCCAGGGAGCAAGGAUCCAGAAGGUUCUACAGAAGCAGCGCCUGACUUCCUCGCAUCUAAGCAAGCAUGCAGCCAGUCUGUUCAGCAAGCCUCACCAAGCCAACAACAGCCGAGCCACCUCCACCAGGCCAACACCUCCCCCUCUGUUUCCCUAAGCAUUGGCCAGAUGGGCUCCAUCUCGCUCCCCACCUAGGCUUCUGACAGUGGGAGGGUGCCUGGAUAUAUAAUACUUUGUGAAAAGAAGGGCUACAGUUGGGUAAAGCCCUUCUCUCCUGAUCUUUUAACAGGGCAUGGCUAGGGGCACAGCCUUUGCAUUUCUUUCCUUCAGAUUCCCAGCUGAGUUAUUGCAACCACUUUAUUGUGGCAAGACAAAGUCAGCAUCAC